GAAAUCCCUACAUAUGAUUUCACAAGUCAUUAUAAAAGGGAAGCGACCAAUAAGUUCUCUUUGUCUAUGCAUGCAGCUGAGCCCUCCUCUCAACUUGUUCUUCAUCUCCUACCUUUUCCUUUCUAAUGGAUCCCUACACACCCACCACCACUUUAAGCUAGGUAGCUGCUAGUGCUAGUGCAUGGCUAUAUAUAUGCAUCUAUAAGUAGAGGUUGCACCCUCCAAGGGGAUCAUCUAUCAUCCUUCACCCCACAUAAAAGCAGUAAGGUCAUAGUAAUGUCUCAGAGGAAAGGGCCCAUGGCUGCGACUAGCAAGCAUGAGGCCGAUGAAAUAGAACUGAGGAGAGGCCCCUGGACACUGGAGGAGGACAACCUGCUCAUGAACUACAUUGCUUGCCACGGCGAGGGCCGCUGGAAUCUCCUUGCCCGCUGCUCCGGGUUGAAGAGGACGGGCAAGAGCUGCCGGCUCAGGUGGCUCAACUACCUCAAGCCUGACAUAAAGCGCGGCAAUCUCACCCCGGAGGAGCAGCUCCUCAUCCUUGAGCUCCAUUCCAAGUGGGGAAAUAGGUGGUCCAGGAUAGCGCAGCACCUGCCGGGCCGGACGGACAACGAGAUCAAGAACUACUGGCGGACGCGGGUGCAGAAGCAGGCGCGGCAGCUCAAGGUGGACGCCAACAGCGCCGUCUUCCGCGACGCCGUCCGCUGCCACUGGAUGCCGCGCCUGUUCGAGAUGAUGGCCGCCGACACGUCCGCGCACCGCGUCGAGAUGCCGCCGCCGCUCCACCCCGCGCACAUCGCCGGCAUGGCCUCCUCCUCGCCGAUCUACGGCAGCCAGCAGAGCCAGCACGACGCGAACGCGGUCAGCGGUGGCAGCUACCACCACCAGCACUGGUACCCCGUCGACCCGAGCCCGAGCACGUCGACGUCCGGCUCCGGCUCGACGCCGGCAGCGCUCCCACCGGUGCCCUGCUUCUCCGAACUGAGCUGGGUCGACCCGUACGGCCCCGGCGAUCUCGUCGACGGCGCCGGCUUGUUUGACUCGGGGGAGCUGGGAAGCCUCGGCCUGGACGGGCUGGAAUUGGGCCCAGCCGACUGCGACUACUCGGACUCGACGCUCCUGGAGUACCUGAACUCGACCUGCACUGGCAGCGCCGUGAUGAUGAUGAGCAGCGGCAACGUCCACAGUAACUGCGGCGCCUUGGGUGGCGAUGGCGACUACGGCUCGACGUGGCGCACGGACGAGCUAUACCGCCAGGCGGCGGCGAGAAAGCUCGGCGACCAGUGGGGAGGAGGAAUCUAGAAGCAAUCGACGUAGCUAGCUCGCUAAAGCCUAAACGGAUGGGUGCAGGUUGUUUCUCGCCAUGUCUCUCUCCAAAAGCGAUGAUCGAGAUGUCGCAUUAGUAAAUUAGUGGAGCUAAGCUAGCAGCUAGCUAGAUGCACGAUGAGUGGCGAUCAAAGCUAGAAGACGUUUCGUUUCAGACCGAUCGAUGGAGAUUUCCGCUAGCUGGUAAUUUGAAGGUUCACAGUAUGUGUAGUAGCUGUAGACUGUAGUUGAUGAUGCAUGUGCCUGCUUGCGUACGUAAGUACACGUGUUGUAACUUUUCAUUGCGACUUCCAUUUGGAACUGUAUAAUUCGU